AUCAACAGUAACUGAUAAUCUAAAAAAAAUAGUCAUUCCGCUUUCCGGGUGGCGGCGGAGGUGUCAGUUUGUAGUGCUUAAGUAGGACCACACCCUCCCGCACCUCUCUCCUCCACAUCCAGCCCCGGUAACACGAACACUCUUUCUCUGCCUCUCUUCUUCUUCUUCUUCUUCUUUUUCUUCCUCCUCCUCCUCUUGUUUCUCGGUCUAUCCACGUCCUUUAUCUUUAUCAAUGUCGCGAGCCGGAUAUCAACCACCAGCACCUAACUCCAAAAUCAUCAUUGUCGGAGCAGGCGCCUUUGGUCUCUCCACCGCUUAUGCUCUGUCCCUGAAAAACAAAUACGACAUUUGGGUCUUUGAAAGACAGUGCAUUCCUAGUCCUGACGCUGCUUCUUGCGAUAUCAACAAAAUCAUGCGCAUGGAUUAUGGCAAGGAACUUAUGUAUAUGCACAUGUACAUGGAAUCGCUUCCUAUGUGGGAGCAAUGGAACAAGGAGCGUGCUGCCAAAGGUCGUAGCCCGGUCUUUCACAAUAGCAUCCGUGAAGCAGGUUACGGCCAUUUGAUCGAAGAAUUCCGUACGCCUGAAGCAAUCGCUGAACGAUACCCCCAAUUUAAAGAAGCUACUAAGAACGGAUUCAACAUUGCUUAUCUCAACAAGGCAGGAGGAUGGUGCGAUUCGAGUGAAGCCUGUACGCACAUUCACGAAAAGUGCGUGGAGAACGGUGUCCAUUUCGUGGCUGGCCCGGAGCAGGGCAGUUUUGUGAAAUUCCAGCACGACGAGAAAAUCUCGACCAAAAUCACAGGAAUCGAGACAAAGGACGGCAAGUUGCACACUGCGGAUUUAGUGAUUAUGGCCACCGGCUCAUGGACUCCUGGACUCGUGGAUUCGGACAAGAGACUUGUUGCUACCGGCCAAACUGUAAUCCAGUUCAAGAUCCCGGAGCCGAUGAGAAAAAUGUUCGAAUGUCAGCCGACGUGGUGCGCUGAUCUUUCAGUUACCGGAUUCUACGGAUUUGCAGUCAAUCAUGAAGGCAAGAUGAAGAUUGGUUAUCACUCGAGCGGCUUUGUGAAUCUACGCGAUGACAAAGUUUCAGUGCCCCGUACGCAGGUUACACAUCCUACCGAUAGUAUUCCUGCACCAUCCAUUUCACAGUUUCGAAAAUUCCUAUCGAAAUUCCUCCCGGUUACCACGCCUUUGGAUAUCUCUUGCGCUCGUGUUUGCUGGUAUUGCGACUCGGUCGACGGACACUACCUGAUAGCACCCCAUCCCGAGUACGAUAACCUUAUUAUCGCAUCUGGUGAUUCUGGCCACGGCAUGAAAUUUAUCCCGAAUUUGGGUUUUAAGAUUUGCCAUGUUAUUGAAUGCGUGGAUUCCGAGUAUAGCCGAGCAUGGGCAUGGCGUGAUAUGCCAAAGGAUGCCACUUACGAUGGGUUGCGCGCUGAUAGCGGGCCCAAGGUGCAUCUGGAUUUGAACGUAGAAGACGAGUAUACACGCAUGGCAAAGGACGCGGAUCUCAAAGCAAUCAAGUCAAGCCUGUAAACAAGUUUUUGUAUUCGAUUCCAGCUCGUUUUUUUUAUUGUAUGCUAUUAUUGCCAUCAUGUUAUACACACAACUUGUAAAUUUAUUUGGUAAGGACGCUACGGAAGAAGUUGGCAGUCAACUGGAUGGCCUCAGUGGCUCUCUUUCUGUUGAGUUCGUCAGACCAGUUGCCACGAGCAGCAGCGAAGCCGUGGUGCAUGUCUUUAUGAAUACAAUGAAGAUUUAGAAUUUAUAUUCCUUGUCUAUCACACACACGCAUAGCAC